UCCUCUUCGAUUAGGGCAUCGCGGUUCUCAUUCGAGAUGCCCCUUUUUAUCUCCGACGAGGAGUUCUCGCGGUGCUCCGGCGACACCGCCGCCGUCGCCGCCAAGGCCGACGCCUUCAUCCGCGGCCUCCUCCACGAGCUCGACACCGUCCGCGCCAAGGCCGACGCGGCCGACAUCAACGCCGAGCAGAACUGCUCCCUUAUCGAGCAGAAGUAUCUCUCCCUCGCGGCCGAGUUUUCCAAGCUCGAGUCGCAGGUCUCCGAACUCCAAUCUUCCCUCGAUGAUCGCCUCCGCGAGCUCUCCGAAGCACAAUCUCAGAACCACCAAAUUCGAUUGCAAUCGGUUGAGAAGGAUAGGGAGAUAGAGAGGUUAAGGACGGAGGUGGGCGAGCUGCACAAGUCGAAGAGGCAGUUGCUUGAGUUGAACGAGCAGAAGGAUUUGGAGCUUAGUGAGAAGAAUGCCAAUAUCAAGAGCUAUCUUGAUAAGAUUCUCCAUCUGACUGAAAAUGCUGCCCAUAAAGAGGCCCGUUUGAAUGAAGUUGAGGCGGAAUUGGCUCGAUGCCGUGCUGCUUGCACCCGCCUUGAACAGGAGAAAGAGAUUGUUGAGAGGCAGAAUGCUUGGUUUAAUGAGGAGUUGACUACUAAAAUCAACAGUUUCUUUGAGCUGCGCAGAAAACACGCAGAACUGGAUGCCGAUAUGUCUUCCAAGCUUGCAGAUAUGGAGAGACAAUUUGGUGAAUGCUCCAAAUCUCUACAGUGGAAUAAGGAUAGAGUGAGGGAGCUAGAAAUGAAGCUUAAAUCUGUGCAAGAGGAAUUAAUUUCAGCUAAAGAUUCUGCUGCAGCCAAUGAAGAGCGAUUAUCUGCUGAACUUUCCACUGUUAACAAACUUAAUGAGCUUUAUAAAGAGAGUUCUGAUGAAUGGUCAAGAAAAGCAGCAGACCUAGAGGGUGUGUUAAAAGCAAUGGAGUCACGACUAAAGCAAGUCGAAGAUGAUUAUAAAGAGAAACUUGAGAAGGAAUUAUCUGUUAGAAAACAGGUUGAAAAGGAGGCUGCUGAUUUGAAAGAAAAGCUUGAGAAGUGUGAAGCUGAAAUUGAGACAAGGAAGAAGAGGAAUGAGCUGAGCAAUCUUUCACUCAGCAGUUUCGCUUCUGAACCGUGGCUGACAUCAAUUGAUGCUGAUAGCAUGUUUGACGAAAAUAGCAUGCUAGUACCGAAAAUUCCUGUUGGUGUUUCUGGAACAGCAUUAGCUGCUUCACUCCUGCGAGAUGGUUGGAGUUUGGCCAAAAUGUAUGCGAAAUACCAAGAGGCUAUUGAUGCAUUGAGACAUGAACAAUUGGGCAGGAAGGAGUCAGAGACAAUUUUGCAACGGGUUCUGUAUGAGUUAGAGGAGAAAGCAGAAGCCAUAAUAGAUGAAAGAGUGGAGCAUGAAAAGAUGGCUGACGCAUACAGCUUGAUGAACCAAAAAUUGCAAAACUCCCUGAAUGAAAAUUCCAACUUAGAGAAAAUCAUCCUUGAACUGAAGGCUGACCUCAGAAGGAAUGAACGGCAUUAUGAUAUUGCCCAGAAAGAAAUUGAUGACCUUCGAAAACAGGUGACAGUACUUUUGAAGGAAUGCCGAGACAUACAACUUCGUUGUGGGUCAAUUGGGUAUGAUAUUGUUGAUGAUGCUUCACAUAUUGCUUCAAGGUCAAGUAUACAGACUGAAGCUGAAAAUGUCAUCUCAGAACACCUUUUAACCUUCAAGGAUAUUAAUGGACUAGUUGAGCAGAAUGUCCAACUUCGAAGCCUUGUACGUAGUCUUUCUGGCCAGAUUGAAAACCAGGAGGUGGAAUUCAAGGAGAAGCUUGAAAUGGAGCUCAAAAAACAUACUGAAGAAACUGCUUCUAAAGUUGCGGCUGUGCUACAAAGAGCAGAAGAGCAAGGGCACAUGAUUGAAUCUCUUCAUACAUCUGUUGCAAUGUAUAAGAGGUUGUAUGAGGAGGAGCAUAGUCUUCAUUUAUCUCAUACCCAAUCUUCAGAAGCUCUUGCAGCUGUUGCAGAAGUUGGAAGAAUCAACCUGAAGACAUCGAUUGAAAGUUCACAGGAAGUUACUAAGAAGUCCCUGGAAAAAGCUUUAGAUCGUGUAAGAUGCCUUGAGAAUGACUUAGCAAAGUCAAGGAGUGAGGUUAUUGUAUUACAAUCAGAUCGUGACAAGAUGGCACUAGAAGCAAACUUUGCUAGAGAGAGACUUGAUGGCUUUAUGAAAGAAUUUGAACAACAGAAAGCUGAAGCAAAAGGCAUUUUAGCAAGAAAUGUAGAGUUUUCUCAGCUAGUUGUUGACUACCAACGGAAAUUGCGUGAAAGCUCUGAGUCAUUGAAUGCUGCUGAGGAGCUGUCUCGGAAACUUUCCAUGGAGUUGUCUGUUUUAAAGCACCAAAAGGAAGUGAUAUCAAAUGCUGAAAAGAGAGCAUCUGAUGAGGUUCGCAGUUUAUCUGAAAGAGUGCAGCGCUUGCAGGCUAGUUUGGCUACCAUACAGAGUGCUGAGGAAGUUCGAGAGGAAGCAAGAACCAUGGAGAGGGUAAAGCAUGAAGAAUAUUUAAAGAAAUUGGAGAGGGAAUGGGCUGAGGCCAAGAAAGAGUUACAAGAAGAGCGUGAAAAUGUGCGGAGACUCACACUAGAUCGGGACCAGACCAUAAAAGAUUCUCUGAGACAUGUUGAGGACAUGAGCAAAGAGUUAGCUAAUGCAAUGCGUGCAGUUGCAUCUGCUGAAUCUAGGGCUUCCGUUGCUGAGGCAAAAAUUUCAAGUCUUCAAAGAAAAAUGGGUUCCACGGACGAUAAGCUUGUUGACAUGGAUGGUGUGAGUGGUCCUUCCACUAUAUCCAGUGAUGAGGUUGUUGCUGAAUUGCAAACAGCAAAGGAGGAGAUUGAAAAAUUGAAAGAGGAAGCACAUGCUAACAAAACUCACAUGCUGCAGUAUAAGAGCAUUGCUGAGGUGAAUGAAGACGCACUUAAACAGAUAGAAGUUGCACAUGAGAACUAUAAGAUAGAGGCUGACAAUGCAAAGAAAGCACUAGAAGCUGAACUUCAUUCGCUUAAAGAGAAAGUUUCGGAGCUUGAAAAUGAAUCUAGUUUGAAAUCUGAAGAAGUGGCUUCUGCAACUUGGGGAAAGGAAGAGGCUCUUACGUCUGCUUUGGCUGAAAUAACAAAUCUUAAAGAAGAAAUUUUAACCAAAUCUUCUCAAAUUUCAGCAAUGGAAAUUCAGAUCUCUAGUUUUAAAGAGCAGCUGGACAAGGAGCAUCAGAAAUGGCGUGGAGCUCAAACCAAUUAUGAAAGACAGGUUAUUCUCCAGUCUGAAACAAUUCAGGAGUUGACUAAAACAUCUAAAGCACUGGCCUUGCUCCAGGAGGAGGCAUCUGAAUUACGUAAACUAGCUGAUGCUCAGAAAAUUGAAAAUAAUGAACUAAAGGCUAAGUGGGAAGAGGAGAAGGCAGGACUAGAGAUAUCGAGGAAAGAUGCUGAAAAGAAAUACGAAGAAAUCAAUGAACAGAAUAAAAUACUGCAUACCCAACUUGAGGCUUCACAUAUUCAAUGGGCUGAGAAGGAGCGUAUUGCUGCUGGCAUUUCAUCUGGAAGUAGUAGUGCAGAUACAUUUAGUGAUGCUGGCCUUCAAAAUGUGAUUAAUUAUCUCCGACGUUCAAAAGAAAUUGCAGAAACAGAAGUUACAUUGUUAAAACAAGAAAAACUGCGAUUACAGUCACAGCUUGAUAGUGCCUUGAAGGCGGCAGAGUCUGCACAUGCAUCGCUAGAAGCUGAGCGUGCAAAAUCAAGAUCAUUUUUGUUUACUGAAGAAGAGUUCAAAUCAUUGCAGCUUCAGAUUAGGGAAAUGAACUUACUUCGUGAGAGUAACAUGCAGCUCAGGGAAGAAAAUAAGCACAACUUUGAAGAGUGUCAGAAAAUGCGUGAACUAGCACAAAAGGCAAGAGCUGAUACAGAGAAUCUAGAGAAUCUUAUGAGGGAACGAGAAAUUCAGCUGGAUGGCCAUAAGAAAGAGAUUGAAACCCUAAAAAUAGAAAAAGACCAUCUCAAUCACAAGGUUUCUGAGUUGCUUGAAAGGAGCAAAAAGGUUGAUGUGGAGGAUUAUGAUCGAGUGAAGAAACUUGUUAGAGAUUUGCAGGAUAAACUGAGAGAUAGGGAUGCUAGGAUAGAGGAACUUGGUCAAUUUCUUUCGGAAAAGCAGGAUUCUGUUUCACAUUUAGAGCAAGACCUUUCAAACUGCAGAUCGGAUCUUAUGGAGAGAGAGAAGAGAAUUAAUGACAUUCUGCAUGUUGAGGCUAACCUAAGACUGGAGCUGGAAAAAAAUCGGAAGCAGCUCGCUCAGUUUGCUAUUUUUAAGAAGAAAAUGGACACUUUGUCAAGGGAAAAGGAAGACCUAGGGAAAGAGAAUGAGCAACUUUCUAAGCAAUUAGAUGAAAUCAAACAAGCGAAAAGGUCAACAAGUGAUACAACUGGUGAACAAGCGAUGAAGGAGGAAAAAGAAACUAGAAUACAGAUUCUGGAAAGAACCGUGGAGAGACUGAGAGAUGAAUUGAAGAAGGAGAAGGAAGACAAUAGUAUAGAGAAAAACAGACGACAGAAAAAUUUAAAGGCUAUAAUGGACUCUUACAACAAUGUUGAGCAGGAGAAAACAAAGUUUAUUAAUGAACUUGAGAGGCGCAAGGAGGCUCAGAAGAGGUUAUCCGAUGAAGUUGAAAAGCUUAAGAUUGUUGUUGGCAAUCUUCCCGAGGGAACGAAUGUGGCUCAACUUCUUUCUGGAUCCAAUGUCGAUGACUUCACUGCUCCUUAUAUAUCUGCUGUUGAAAACUUUGAAAAGGAAGCUCAUUUGGUAUUUUGUGAUCUUGGAGGUCGUGGCAAUCAGGGAGAUGCAACAACAAUUACAGAUGGUUCGGCAGCUCCUACAGGUUCUAUGGUCCAUGCUCAAUCCCCUAACAUUUUAACCUUGGCGGCUACUGGAGCAAGAAGAUUACCACCUAAAGCCACUGGAGAAAGUGAGAAAAGACUUGCAUUGCCCAAAGCUGCUGUUGAAACACGAAAAACAGGUAGGAAAUUGGUCAGGCCUCGUCUAGUAAAAGUCGACGAGCCUCAAGGUGACAUAGAAAUGUCUGAUGCUGAAGGACCAGGGGGCAAGCCUGGACCUUCCAGUGACACAGAAACUCCAAGCAAUUAUGCUCUAUCAUCUCAACCAUUGUCUCGAAAACGCAUUGCUCCUACCUCCACUUCUGAAUCUGUCACACCUGGUGAAAAGGGCUCUGAUGUAUUGGUACCUGUUUUGAAGAAAUCAAAAGGAUCAGAGUCCCCAGAAGAUAGUGCUGAUGAACAGCCUGUUACAACUCCGGAAUUUAUUGGCAGUCAUCCAAUCACCGAAGAAUCAUUUGACGGUGGUGAGUUGCCACAAGGCCAAAAUGAGGAAGUCAAUGAAGGUCAAAAUGAGGAAGGUGAGAUUGCUCUUGGAAAAGACGAGGAAACCAAAGAUCCGCAACACUUGGGUGGUACGAGUCAAGAAGAAUUACAAGGUGACAAAACCGGAAUUUCAGAAGAGAAUCUAGAUCAACCUGUUGAAUCAAUAGUUCAGUCUGAUGAGAUUCAGAGGGAUCACACUGAAGCAGACAACCAGCAAUCAACAUUGGCACUCAGUGAGAGAGAGGAGGGAGAAUUGUUGCCAGAAACUGGAGAUCUUGAGUGUGGCAGUGAUCUAUCUAACAUAGUGGAAAACCAAGAAACUCGGGAAGGUCAAGCGGAGCCUGCUGCAACCCCUGAACGUUCCCCAGCUAGGGUUGAUGAUGAAGCUCUAGAGGCUGGUGAGAUUAAUUCUCCUGAGCUUUUAAGUGAUGAUAAGAAUGAUGAAGGUGACUUGGCUGAGGAGGCUGCUGAUGGGAACGAACCAAUAUCAGUUGAGACUGAUCAGGUAGCUGAGCCUGCACCUGUCGUGAGUCAGGGUACUUUGGCGAGUAGUGCUGCAGAAAGUAGUACCUCUAAAUUGAACUUACCUGUUUCAAAGCCAGUCACCACCAGUAGUGUUCCAUCUGAAACAGAAGAGAUAAAACAGACAUCACCUAUUAGUACUCCGUCAACAACCAUAAAUUUAUCACAGCGAGCCCGAGAGAGGGCUCAAUUGAGACAGGCUGGGGUGGUUUCUGCACUUCCUAGAGGUCGUGGAAGAGCUUCUCCCCGCGGCCGAGUUCUUCGAGGUCGAGGACGCAGACCGCCAACUGGUGAAACUUGAAUCAACAAAUUCACCGUCUGCAAAUUAUUUUACUUGCCAUUGGUGUUGGAAACAUCCCCUAGUCUGACAAUGACAGUAUAGAACAAUGAGUAGUUGUAAAUGGGCGAUUAGUUCUCAUGUAUAAAUACAAUUUGGCUUUGCACUCAAUUCUCCUUUCUAAUUUUGUCCUUCAUUUCAUUGUUGUAUCUUACCUCAAUGCUUAACUAAUUUCAUGUUCAUUCCAGGAAUGAGAGGCUCUCAUGUUGGGGGAGAAAAUGGAAUUAAGAUUUUAUUUUAUAUCUCAUUUCAUUGAA